GGAUGCGUCUCGUUCGUUUUUGUCUACUAGCAGCUUUAAGUGAGAAGUUUUCUUUUGCUGGAAAAUAUAGGAAAACUUGCUGCAGUUUUUACGUUCCAAACUUUAUUUUUAAAGACGACCAGUGGCAGUGAUGUGAAUGUACUAUUUAUCUUUAAAUGUAGUCUUAUCAGGCUCGUCAUGACGGUUUUGAAAACUAGUAUCUGUGAUUAUUUGUGAAAAAGGCAGAAGUAGAUAUCGUAGCAAUAGCUGGAGGAGAGAGUUUCUAUCCGCUUCGAUAGCAAAGGCCAACGCCAACCAGUGUAUUAUGUAUUAAAAUUCAAGACCUGUGUGCUUGUGCAUAACUGUGCGACGAAUCGCGAAAGUGCAGUUGAGAGCGGAUAAAAGCAACCUGUGAUUGGUAUGGGAAAAGGGGUGUGUGAGCAGUACAUGGAUUAACAGAAGAAAAAAACGCAAAGUAAAAUAGUGUUGUGCUGUAUUAUUUGAUGUUUUUGCCUCUGAGCGCUUUGCUUUUAUUCAAUUCGUUGUCAAACCAUCGUGAGUGAAUGGCCUUUCUACUUCACGGUAGCAGUAACAACAACAAGGGCAAGCAGAACAGCUCAGCAGCCAGCGGGUCGGAACCGUGAACAACUCGCCCACCACCACCGCGAGCCGCACUGUGCACUAACUUAUAAGUUUUGUUUUGCUUUGAUGGCCUUUUUCGUUCCGAAAAGUGAACUGCUUUGCUGAGUGUUUGUCAUCUAACUACGUGGGACAUUGCUAGGUUUAGAUCGGAAGGUGAUUUUUGUUACACAGACGUUUUGAAAUCGUUUUUAUGGAACAAAAUUGGUAGAAGCCACUAAUGGCAGAAUGUGCAUUAACUUGGGAUAGAAACUGCGUUGUAUAGUGUGUUCAAUAGUGUAUUGAGCUUAAGAUUAUGAUGAUUCAGUCUGCACUGAAUGCCGUCAUCAUCGAUUACUACAACGCACAACUGUAGAGUACAAUUGCGGAAGCAGAAAAUAUUCUUCUCGUCUAUUCCAAGAUGAGCAUCGAACGGCAGAAACACUUUCUAAGUUCCGACGUCAUUGGAGAGUAAGCUGGCCCCAGCGUACUCCAACAGAGAAAGUACUGUCCUUGCCGCUAGUUUUUCCCCCUACAAAUAGUGCCGAGAGCAAGAAUGCUGUACCUGACAGCGUUCGCCACUAACAGCUUCUGGAUCUACUGCACUCUAUCGGUGGUGGUCAUGGUGACCCUGGUCACGACUUUAGCUUCGUGCCUAUGCUGCAGGAAGCAAGAGAUCAAAAAUGACCUGCUCGGUUUGGAAGGCAUGGUCAAACUAACAAAUCCGGACGAAACCAUAGCCAGCCAGGGAAGCACCUCUAUGACGGCCACCACCGUAGCCAUCGGCGGGCCGGGACCGGAUCAGACCGAUUGCAGCGAACCGGAGAGCAUAAGUAAAAGAGCAUCCAGUGCGCCACAUCGUAGUUUACCGGAUAUUCCAGUAGUGGAACCGGUCGGCGAUAAUAACUCUGAACUAUACGCAACGGUAGGCGAUAAGGUACAGGACUUGCCACAGGGAAACCGAAGUCCGGCAUCCAGUCUGAAGAAACAAGCCAGCGUAUCACAGCACAGCUCAAUUAGCCAGGCGGACGACAUUAGUUCUCCGUAUGCACGUGUUCGAUCGCCGCCCCAUGCGUACGAUAAAUUACGCAGGACAGAACAUCCCUAUGCUCAGGUGGUACAGCCUGGCGGUAGUGGAUCAGCCGCUCAAGUUGACGACGAAUUGUUAAGCCCGAUAUCAAGACGCACCGCAGUUGCUCCUGGUGGUGGACUAGCGGGAAGCAGCACUGGCGGUAGAGAUUCGAACCAGAGCUUGCUGGACGAGCGCGAAGGCUCUUCUGCGGAUAUCCCAGCUGCUUCAGCCAUCGCCGGUCGAGUUUCCGCCAGUCAAGAUCUACCCUAUAUGACACCACCGAUUGUACCGCAACCGCAACAGCACUUUAGCGGCGACUCGCAAGACUCCUCAAAAGGCUACACCAGCAUCAGUGUUCGAGAGCCGCUGGCCAAUCUUUUACCUCAGUCACAAAAUCAAACCACCGCACAAAGACGCCAGCUGAUGGGCGAUUCACACUAUGCCACCGUGUCGGAUGAUUCUGACGAAAUGUAUGCAGCAAUAGAGGAUCCCACCAAUCAGGGAGACCUGUACACCAGUGGAUCAGAAACGUACGCGCAAAUUCAACCGCCAAACAUGGUGACGGUGUCGGUCGAAAUCAACACCGGAGCAUCAAGCCGGCCAGCUGCCGCUGGUCAACCAGAGGAUUCGGGCGAUGCGCUUCAACCACUUCCAGCGAAUCCAGCCUCGGGUGCAAUAACAGUCCACAAUCGGCUGAGCAGCAGCAGCGGAAACAACAUUCCAUCGGUGGAUGAUUCUCCAGCGCCGCCUCCAAUCGACAGUCUUCGGGCGCAUCAGUCACAUGUAGCCUACGCACAUUCGCGGCAAGCAUCGAGCUCUAGCUGCACCAGCUCCGUUGGAAAUCUCGGCUCGCCCAAGCCGGAGAAACGACAAGCCAAUUCUCCUCUUCCGCCUACACCAAAGACGUUGAAACAUCAGUCCACUGGCAGUUUCUUCAGCAAUUCGAACCUCACCUCGAUCAGUUCCAAUACUUCAACACAGACAGCACAAUCGGGACGCAAUUCAGCGGCCUCGGUGAUCGAGUAUAAAUGCUCACGGGAGAACAUAGCCGUCGGUAAGCUUGCCGACCCUGACGGUACUCAUCUGGCAAAUGGGUCUGCCGGUAAGCCAAAAAAGAGUCCCUCCAAGGAUCUGGAAGGGAUGUACGCAAAGGUAAUGAAGAAAAACAAACUAUCGAAGGCUCCAUCGCAAAGUUCCAGUCCGGUACCAAUACGUAAGGAGGGAACCGCUCUGCUGGCAGAUGCCGAACAGUUCCUUUCCGAUACUGAGUUGACCCAUCUGAACGGUAGCAAUUCCCUGCAUGGAUCCCCUAAUAAGAAGGCUUUACCGACUAUCAUAUCGGGUAAUGAUUACGAAACUUUGGAGAAAAAACAUGUACGCCAUCGUAAUCCGUCGCAGGAUCCAGGGUACGAAACCAUCCCCGGUGAUAGUGGUCCCAACAGUAGCAUGUUGGUGGAAAUGCGAAAAUCGGCUGAUUUUGCACAAAUGCAGAAGCGAGCCCUUGCGGUAGCUCAAGGCAUUCAAAGUGUCUCACGUAAUUCGCUGGAAAUUUUUCAAGGUCUAGAUAAGUCCUCGGUGGAUGGGGAGCCUGGCUAUGAAAGUUUACCCGGCAGCAAUGAUCCGGGGUAUGAAACGUUGAAUCGCAACCGGGCAGAGUCAGAUUCGGAUCCCAAUUACGAAAUCCUAAGACCGACAGUUCGCAAUAACGACGGUUACAGUAGCAUUAGAGAUAAAAGAUCAGCCAAAAAUCGACUGGAUUUUGGUAAAGACGACGACAACGAUAGUACACCCGGUUACAGCAGCAUUAAAGAGAGAGUCGAUUACGAUCCGGGCUACAGUGUAAUAUCGGAAAAGAGGAAGCCACCUCUGGGGCAUGACUAUGCAAGCAUCACCGAGGAAACGAAGCGGAAAAGACAAAACUUGAAUAACAACAAUCCGGAUCCAGGUGAAGAAUCGGACAUUUAUUCAAGCAUUACGAAUGCCCCGAUUGUUGGUACCGGAGCAGUCACCGUUCCACCGAACGUCGGCAACAAUAACUAUUCCACGAUUCCGGAACCAACUAACCUAACAUCCUCGCCGGGUUAUUCGAGCAUUUCGGAAACCCGAACCACUCCUUCGACCGACAGUACCAGCUCACCGGACAAUUUGAUAGGAUACGCUAAACACCACAACAACACGGCCACGAACAACAGCAACAGUAGACUUUCGUCAAACUACGAAUCUCUGACCGGGAGCGAAUCCGACCCGAACUACGAAUCGGUAAAAUAUCUGAACGUACGGGAAAAUCCGUACGAACGGUUGCACAACGAAGCGGGCCAAACGCCGUCCACGGCUGGGCCGUCGUCUGCCGAUUCGCUGAACCGCCAGUCGGCGGACUCGAGCCAAAUGAAUGAUAUUACUACCACCACCACGACCGGUUCCGACACCAUUUCGGUCGAGUGUCCAGCGACCGCCGGUGCCAAAACGCCGUCCGUCUGCGAACUGGAGGUUACCGGCGUUAGUGACUACUUCCAGGUAUGAUUCGUUCACCGUGAGGACACUCCGUAGCCUGGUAUUUUAGCCAUUAAUUAAUGGCGAAAAAGUUGUGAGUAUUUUUUAGUAUUUUUUUUUUGUUAUUGAAAUGUCUGAACGCAGAAAAAAGCUUCGAUAGCGAAAAUUAUUAUGAUUACCGAAUAACUUAGGCCUAGUACACAGCACAGAUGAUUAAUAUAUUUCAGGAAAAGCUAAGGGAAACUCGUACAAGUUGAUUUAUUGGUUUUCCGUUCAGUUUUUGUUUUGUUUACUCGUACCUUUCAUUUGCUUACUUAUACACUAACAGAAAAUGACUAUUUUUUAUCAUAUACAGUUUAGUUUAAGAGCUCCGAGAGUAACAUCAUUUUUAAAAAAUGAUGCUAAGAAAAAUCGCAUAACGUAAUAUUUAGUGCAUAAUUUAACAGUAAUCGCAUGUAAGAACAAUUAUUUAUUGUUGCAGUCGUUUAACGCCUAUUGUUUGGCAAAGCGACCGUUAGGAUCUUAGAUACAAAAGUUGGACGAAAAUUAGGUUUUUUUUCUGUUUAUAUACCGUCUUAUAUACAUAGUAUAGCAUCAUAGUAUGUAUGGUUCAGCUUGGACCAAUCAGGCAAAAAUAAAUCGACUAAUACAUUCCACCGUGUAAUCAACCCGGCUAAGUCUAUACACACCGGUAGCCACCAAGCGCCGAGUAAAAUAAUCGAAUAACCUUUUACAACUUACAAUACUAAUUGCUAAUCGUAUUUAUUAGUCCAUAAGAGUGCCGCAACCCGCAACAACACCAACGAAACCCAACGUUUUUUUAAUAUAUUGUUCCCGCGCGCCUUAUUUGUUCCGGCUUAAGUGCGAAACGCGCAGCCAGCUUCGUUUGAGUGAUUGAACAAUUUGAAUG